AUGUCCGGCAGCCACCCUCACCCGAAUGGCAACGGUCAAUCCGGCAAUGGCAGUAACGGUCUUCAGUUCCAACCUGGCGUGGACGACCCAAACAAGCUCAAGCGAUUUCUCGUGGGCGUCGUGGAACAGUACAACACGCUCAAACAGGGCGGACCGUUGACCAAUGGUGGCGCUGGUAUGAAUAAUGGUGGUGGAGCUGGUAUGAAUAAUGGCAAUAAUGGAGCCAUGGCAGCGCAAUUGGCAGCGCUGAAUGCGGCACAAGGAGCGGGAGGUGGCAUGUCCCAUCAGAAUCGCAUGAUGAUGGCCAUGAUGGCGCAGCAGCAGCAGCAACAGCAACAACAAGCGCAACAACAAGCACAACAGCAGCAAGCACAAAACAUGCUUGCCGCUGCCAAUGGAGCCACUGCCACGGACAACAACAACAACAACAACAGCAAGAAGCGCAAGGCCGAAGAGACUCUGCCCAAUGGAAUUCCCAAAGCCGUAAAGACGGGUCCUACAGAAGACGACGACGACGAAGAAGACGACGAUGAGGAAGAAGAAGAAGACGACAAGGAGGAAGAAAGUGAAGAAGAGGAGGAGGACGAUGAAAAGGAAGAAGAAAGUGACGACGAAGAAGAGGAGGAAGAUUCAGACGACGAUGAGGACGACGACAAUGAAGAAGCCAAGGAAGAAUCCAAGGCUGCCAAGAGUAGUGGACAAGCACAGCAGUUGAGUCAAGCGUUCCAGUCUCUCGCUUCCAACAAUCAAGAACUCAAGCAAGAAAACAAAAAACUCAAGCAAGGAAUUGAACAGGUCAAGCAUGCACUGCAGGGAGAUCAACAGCAGCAGCAGCAGCAUUUGCAGGCACAACAGCAAGCACAACAACAAGCACAGCAACAGUUACUGCAAGCACAGGCGCAACAGCAGCAAGCACAGCAACAAUUGCAAGCAGCACAACAACAACAUCAAGCACAACAGAAAGCACACCAACAAGCACAACAGGCACAUGCACAAGCGCAACAGCAAGCACACCAGCAAUUAUUGGAAGCACAUCAGCAACAACAACAGCAGCAGCAAGCAGCCCAGCAGCAGCAAGCAGCGCAACAACAACAAGCGCAAGCACAGCAAGCAGCGCAACAAGCACAAGCCAAGGAAGAUGCCAAAGAGGAAUCAGCCAUGUUGCAGGCAGCACAACAGCAACGUCAACAGCAGCUGCAAGAACAACACGCUGCAUUGGCCGGAUUGGGUGGUGGUUUGGGAGGACUUGCCGGACUCGGAGCGGCUGGAUUGGGUGGUGCUAGUCCGGCUCUGUUGCAACAAUUGGCAGCGCAGCAGCAACAGCAAGAAGCGCAACUGUUCGCCGCCGCGGCAGGAGGAGGCGGUAGUGCCGAAAAUGCUGCCAUGCUCGAACAAUUGGCGGCAUUGCAGGGAAUUGAUCCCAACAUGGCGGCACUCUUGCUCCAGCAGCAACAGCAGCAGCAGCAUCAACAACAGGCGGCGCAACAGCAGGAUUUGGGAACGCUUCUGCUCCAACAAGAGAUACUCCAGCAACAACAUGCGCAACAACAGCAACAAGCCAAUGAAAUUCUUGCCAUUUUGCCGCAAUUGUCACAAACGGAUCCACAAAUGGCCAUGGAACUUGUGAAUCAAUACCAACAAUUGCAACAACAGCAACAACAACAGCAUCAACAACUACUACAGCAACAACAAGCCAUUGCCGCUGCCAGUAGUGGUGGAGGCGGUGGCGGCGGCGGCAGUCAAGCCAUGCUGCUCCAAAUGCUACAGCAACAAGAACAACAACAGUUGCAACAAGCUGCGGCCGCGGCUCCCGGUGGCGGUAGUGCGGCUGGUGGCAAUAAUAUGGAUCCACAAAUGAUGGCGCUGCUUCUACACCAGCAACAGCAGCAGCAGCAACAACAGUUGCAGGCUGCACAACAACAGCAGCAAGAAAGUGAAGGUCCGUCACCCGGGUCGUAA